UUUGCGUAUGACAGGAGCUGUUUAACAAGGAGUACUGGUGCCACUUAGCUAGCCAGUAAACAUUGUGCUCUUAUGUGCAAUUUUUUUAUGUGAAUAUUUUGCACACUAUUAAAAAUCGCUAUAUUAUUAUUGCUAUCUAUUUCCAAGACCCGGCAGUACAAUGGCAGACGGAGAGGAGCAGGGCAGGAAAUCCAGUGAAGAAUCUGCAGAUGACUCUGAGGAAGAAGACAGCGAGGAGGAGCCAAAGCUGAAGUAUGAGCGACUGGCCAAUGGCGUGACAGAGAUUCUCCAAAAGGAUGCGGCCAGUUGUAUGACCGUCCACGACAAGUUUCUCGCCCUGGGCACUCACUUUGGAAAAGUAUUCUUGCUGGACAUCCAAGGAAAUGUGACUCAGAAGUUUGAAAUUAGUUCAGUGAAGAUCAACCAGAUCAGUCUAGAUGAGAGUGGGGAGAAUGUAGGUAUCUGCUCCGAGGAUGGCAAGGUUCAAGUGUUUGGUCUCUACACUAGAGAGGGCUUCCAUGAGAACUUUGACUGCCCUAUAAAAGUGGUGGCACUGCACCCUCAGUUCAGCAGAUCCAACUACAAACAGUUUGUCACCGGGGGCAACAAGCUGCUGUUGUAUGAGAGGAACUGGUUGAGCCGCUGGAAGACCUCCCUGCUACACGAGGGCGAGGGAACCAUCACCAACGUGCAGUGGAGGGCCAAUCUCAUUGCCUGGGCCAACAAUGUGGGGGUGAAGAUCUUCGACAUCAGCACCAGACAGAGAAUCACCAACGUGCUGCGAGACAACGUCAGCUUGAGGCCGGACAUGUACCCUUGCAGUCUCUGCUGGAAGGACAACUCUACUCUCAUUGUUGGCUGGGGCUCCUCCAUUAAGAUCUGUGCUGUGAAGGAGAGGGACCCUGCAGAGAUGAGAGACCUACCAAGCCGCUAUGUAGAGAUAGUGUCUGCGUUUGAAACCGAGUUCUUCAUCAGUGGACUGGCACCUCUGGCAGAUCAGCUGGUCACACUGUACUUUGUGAAGGAGAGCUCCGAUCACAUGGAUGAGGAGUUCCGGGCAAGGCCUCGUCUGGACAUCAUUCAGCCUCUCCCAGAGAGCUGUGAGGAGAUCUCGUCAGACGCACUCACUGUCCGCAACUUCCAGGACAACGAAUGUAGGGACUACCAACUAGAGCAUUCCGAGGGAGAGUCCCUCUUCUACAUCAUCAGCCCCAAAGACAUAGUGGUGGCCAAGGAGCGAGACCAGGACGACCAUAUCGACUGGCUGCUCGACAAGAAGAAAUAUGAGGAAGCUCUUAUGGCUGCUGAGAUCAGCUUCAAAAACAUCAAACGCCACGAGGUUCAGAAAAUUGGGAUGGCUUACAUCAAUCACUUGGUGCAAAAAAGAGAUUAUGACACAGCUGCCAGAAAGUGCCAGAAGGUUCUGGGAAAAAACAUGGAACUCUGGGAGAAUGAGGUCUAUAGAUUCAAGACAAUUGGCCAGUUAAAGGCCAUAAGUCAGUACUUGCCCCGGGGAGACCUUCGCCUCAGACCAGCCAUUUAUGAGAUGAUCUUACAUGAGUUCCUCAAGACGGACUAUGAGGGUUUUGCCACAUUGAUUCGUGAGUGGCCAGGAGAGUUGUUCAAUAACAUGACCAUCGUUCAGGCUGUCACAGACCACCUCAAGAAGGACCCCAAAAACGGCACUCUGCUGACCACGCUGGCUGAGCUUUACACGUAUGACCAGCGAUAUGACAAAGCCUUGGAGAUCUACCUGAGACUGAGGCACAAGGACGUCUACCAACUGAUCCACAAACACAACCUAUUCACAUCCAUAGAAGAUAAGAUUGUUCUCCUCAUGGAUUUUGAUAAAGAGAAAGCUGUCGACAUGCUCCUGGAUAACGAAGACAAAAUAUCAACUGACAGGGUGGUGGAGGAGUUGAAAGAUAGGCCUGAGCUGCUGCAUGUGUACCUACAUAAACUGUUUAAGAGGGACCACCACAAGGGUCAGAAAUAUCAUGAGAUACAGAUUGGUCUGUAUGCUGAGUACGAUCGCCCCAACCUGCUGCCAUUCCUCAGAGACAGCACACAUUGUCCUCUGGAGAAGGCUUUGGAGAUAUGCCAGCAGAGGAACUUUGUGGGGGAAACUGUGUUUUUGCUCAGUAGAAUGGGGAACUGUCGCCGUGCUCUGCAAAUGAUCAUGGAGGAGCUUGGAGAUGUGGACAAGGCCAUCGAGUUUGCCAAGGAGCAGGAUGAUGCUGAGCUCUGGGAGGAUCUCAUCUCUUACUCAAUCGACAAACCGCCCUUCAUCACUGGACUCCUGAACAACAUCGGGACACACGUGGAUCCCAUCCUGCUGAUCCACCGCAUUAAGGAGGGCAUGGAGAUCCCUAACCUGCGAGACUCACUGGUCAAGAUCCUGCAGGACUACAACCUCCAGAUUCUGCUGCGGGAGGGCUGUAAGAAGAUCCUAGUGGCUGACUCCCUGUCCUUGCUCCAGAAGAUGCACAGGACCCAGAUGAGAGGGGUCCGGGUAGAUGAGGAGAAUAUCUGCGAAUCCUGUCAUGCUACGAUAUUACCUUCAGACAUGGCCCAGCCCUUUAGUGUGGUGGUCUUCCACUGCAGACACAUGUUCCACAAGGAGUGUUUACCAUCUCCAGGAACAAUUCCUGGAGUUCAGUUUUGCAACAUCUGCAGUGCUAAAAGAAGAGGACCAGGAAGUGGAAUCCUGAAAAAAUGAUAGAAAGCACUUAUCUGUCCCACUGUUGUGGCCUCUACUUAACCUUCAAAGAAGAUUUUCUCCUGUUACUGUGUCUGCUCUGGUGUCAAAUGCUUACAGUUCAUAUUAACGUAUUGUCACUUUAAACUGAAAUAAAUAUUAUGGUAGCACAAUGUAAUUCUACAAGUUCCUUGCUAGUUGCUUCAAAUGACUGAUCUGAAUUGCUAUCAGUUUAUGAAUAAAAUACAAUUUA